AUGAUUGUGAAGUGCUGUGUAUGUGGUUGUCCUUGGGAAAUUUCAGCAUAUGGUGCAGAUGACAAGAAUGGAUUCCUAGUUGUGAGAAGAUUUAACAGUGAGACUCUCGAUGAGUGGGUAUGGUUUCUUGGUAACACAAAGGAUAUUAUAGGAUCAUUAGAAGUGAUAAUAGUAUCGGAUAGGCAUGACUCAAUAAAAGGUGCAGUGCAAGCCGUAUUUGGAGGAGAUCGACAUGCUUUUUGCUACCGUCAUGUCAAGGAGAAUUACAGUGUUGAGUUCUUGAAGAUAACCAGGGGAAAGAGGAGGACUAGCACACAGCCCAAGAAAGUUGCACUAAAAUUACUUGAUUCUAUUGCGUAUGCAAGACUUGACAGAGACUUUGAUCGCAGUAUGAAAAAGCUAAUGGGAUUUUGUCCAGAAUUGGGACAAUGGCUUCAAAUAAAUGGAGAUAUUGAGCGUUGGGCACAAAGCAAAUUUCCUUACAAGAGGUGGGACAAUAUCACACCAAAUCUAGCUGAAUCCUUUAAUGCUUGGCUUGUUGGUGAGAGGAAGCACAACAUAGUUGUCUUGAUACAUGAGCAUAGGAAAAAAUUAGUAAAAAAGAUGCACAAUAGCAAACAGGCCAUGAGGAAUUGGACCAAUGGUGUGGGAGCUAAUAUUAAGAAAAAGCUGAUGGAUCAUGUGGCCAGAUCUGAAAGAAUAGAUGUGCAAGAUUAUGGAAUGAACAAUUUCAAGGUCAGAUGGGGAAACCUAGAUGUGCGAGUAAAUCUUAUGUUACGUGAAUACACUUGUAAAGGUUGGCAAAUGUCAGGACUACCUUGCCCACAUGCAUGUGCUGCAAUCAAGAAGAUAUAUGGUGACAUAUAUGCAUAUGUCGAGGAUUGCUUUUUAUCUCAGCGCAAAAGAAAAUUUAUGCCAGACUCAUAA